GAAAAGAAGAAUGGUGAGAAGUUAUGGAGUCUUGUUACUAAUGAGGGAGCAGCAGCAUUAAGGAUCCUCCUGAGUAAAUCUCACUCCCCACAACCAUUAGAUACUUGGCUCGGUCAACAUAAACGAACACUCUCAAGUCUCAAACGUAGGGUACUUCAUGAUGAUCAGUGGCAAAAGCUCUUUCCGUCUGAUGGAACGCAACCAAAUUGUGGGUCAUUUGACAUAACACUGCUUGUGAUCCUUUUAACCAACAUUUGUGGUUUGUCACCUCCGAACACCGGAUGGAACAACGAGCCUCCUCAGAGCGACAAGUCCACAGAAGCAAAUAUUGUUCGCAUCAGGGAUUAUCGAAAUCUGGUCAGUCAUUUUCCAUCAACUGGAGUUCCCACGCAAAAGUUCAACACCUACUGGGAGGAAAUUGCUGAUGUUUUGGUUGCCCUCGGAAUAGAUCGGAAUGAAAUAGAUGCCUUAAAGAAAGAGGAAGAGUUAGAGAAACUGGCACGUUUUGAUUUUACAGGAGACAUAAACCAUUACCUUGCUAAAUUUCAAGACGGAACGCGAGAGUGGAUCUUCAAUGAGGUCAAAAAUUGGUUAGAUGACAGGGGGUCGCCGCACCUUGCAAUGCUGAUCACUGCAGUUGCCGGAAUGGGAAAGUCCGUCGCCAGUGCAGUCAUUUGCAAGAGAAUGCAAAAGGAAGACAGGCUAAUAGGGUGUCAUUUUUGUCAACACAGCUGCGACUUCUACCGUGAUCCGAAACGAAUGCUUCAAUCACUGGCCUACCAGUUAAGCUCAAAAUUGCCAGAAUACAAAGCAGCCCUCGUAAAGCAGCUCUCCAGUGACCGCAGCAAAGAGCUAGAAGACAUGAGAGUGGAAGAUCUCUUUGUGUGGCUGUUUAAAGAACCCCUUUCCGCCGUGGCAGACCCUGGAAGAAACUUCCUCGUGAUAAUAGAUGCCCUGGACGAAAGUGAACUCGAUGGACGCAAUGAGUUAUUUGAUGUCAUCGCCAAUCACUUUUCCAAAUUGCCGCUUUGGAUAAGAUUUCUUAUUACCGCAAGACCAGAGAAAAACAUUUCAGACAAAUUAAGAAAUCUGAAGAUUUUCAAGUUGCAACAGGAGGAUGAGCGGAAUCGUGAUGAUAUCAAAACUUUCUUUGAAAAGAAACUAAAUUCUGUUGUAACAAACCCAGACAGCCUCAGCGCAAUUGUACAAGAGUUGGUCCAUCUCUCGGAUGGCUCGAUGCUCUUCGCAUACUUUUUAAUACAAAUGAUCCAAGACGGCACAUCACCAGUAAGUCCAGAGGAACUUCGUCGACAAUUCCCAAAUGGCAUUUCCUCAGUCUACCGGUCCUAUUUUGAGCGAAUGGAGAAAAGACUGAAGGAAGAAUUGAAGGAUAACUAUGGCAGUUUUCUGACUGAUUUUCUGAGUGCUUUGACUGUUUCUGUAGAACCUUUGCACAAAGAUUUCAUCGUAGACAUACUGUUGCAAAACCGUAACACUUCAGAAAGUGAUUCCUUGAGCGAUCAGCGAAAACUUGAGGGUGUUAUUAGCUGCAUUUCUUCUCUUUUCAUUCUUCGAGACGACCAUGUUCACAUGUUCCACAAAUCCAUCAAGGAUUGGUUGACAGACCCGUCCAAUGGAUUUUUCUUCGUAGAGGAGAAGAAAGGUCACAAGAUUCUGUCUGAGUUGUGCGCUAAAGCACUUGAAAUUUUGAAGGGACGUCGUGGACCGUCGACUAAAGCAAAGAAGAAAUACGCCUUGCGACACGGUGUCAAGCACAUGCUGGAAGCAUGUGAGACUGAAAGUGCUCAAAUGGAAGAAUUAGUUCAUGGGUACGUGACAGAUCUUGAACUCGUUUAUGCCAAGCUAAGUACAGAGGACGCGGAUGUGCUUAAGGAUCUUGUUCUUGUGCAAGAACAUCCGAACUCAAGGGCUUUAAGCAAAGAAAUCCACAAUACGAUUGAAAGCCUUUUAAUACAAUUCAAGAAAAACCCUAAGCUGCUUCGAGAUAAUCCUGAGAUGAUUUUCCAAAACUUACUCAAUGAAGGAGGAUCAGCACUUUAUCAACAGGUGUCUGAUACUCUUUUGAGGUCUCAUCCAGAAAUACCAUAUAUGGAGCUGUUAGACAAAAAUGGUCAUCGAGGCCCUGUUGUUGGUCGAUUUUUCUGCUCUGACAAAGUGGUUUGCUUUGAUAUUUCCCCAGACGAACAACUCUUGGUAAGCGAAUGUCGUGAUGGAACGACGUCGUUAUGGUCACUUGAGACUGGAAAGCAGCUAUGGGAAAAAGCUUUAUUGAAAUCGAUAAAGUCGUACAGUGAAGUUCCUCUUGGAAGUGCUUUUCGACAGACGUGCGAAGACAAUGAAACUGGGAAAAGGACUUUGUCGUUUUACCGUUCCACUGUCUUCCAUCCAGACGGUUGUUCCAUUUUGCCAGGAAACUUGGCCAAAGUUUACAGUUUAGAUGGAGAACCGAAGUCACUCUUUCCAGGGAGCAAAUGUCAUUUCAAUGUUUGCCAUUUCUCACGUAACAAAACUAGGAUGUUAACUGAUUGUCCAGAAAACGCCCAUCAAGUGGUCAUGUGGAACACCAAGAAUGGUGAGGAGAUCAAACGCUUCGAGAGCCAAGAAACCAUAGCUUCUUUUGCUAUUUCUCAAGAUGGAAGUCGUGUUGCGCUCUGUAAUACAAGUGGCUCACUCUGGUUACAAGCUGUUGAAGAUCCCAGUUGGAAGAAAGCACCUCCAAACAUUUUUGGUGAAGGUAACCCCUGUGGACUGUUACAUUUUACAGAUGCGGGAGUUCUUGUCGGUGGUAGUAUCCAACAUGAGCUGUCUGAUCACCGAGACAAGUACAGACUUUCGGUGCCAGCGCUUCAGUUACAAUCAUCUUGUGUCUUGUGGCCGUGGGAAUCGGUUGAUUCUGUUGAUAGAUUGAAAGUCGUUUGCAAGACAUUCCAUUUGGUUUCUGCAGACUUAAUGAUGGGAUUUUGCUUCAUGUUACUAAAAGAUUUGGCAGUGGUCGGGAGUCCAACGGUUAAUUACUUGACGAUGCUUGAUAUUACUCGUCCCCUACAAGACGAAGAAAUGUCACGGACAGCACAAACUGCGUUUUCUGCAGUCAACGGUAGCACGCGCUUGUACACAACUAUCGCCAUUUGCAACCAUUCGGCAGAAAUGGAAACGGAUGAGUCACGCUUGGUGACAUUUACUAUGCGGGACGCAAACAAUGCCAGGGAAGUGAAGCAGGAAAAGUUCUUCCAACACAGUUCACGUCGUGUCCAGAAUGGGGUCCUGACUGUAACUAUUACAUACAAUGGUGAGACAGGUGUUCUCUUGCAAACAGACAGCAAGACAUUAGAAGUAUGGAACAGUGACUUGUCUCAAGGUCUUAACUCUAUUACCAUGAUGGGCAAAAUCGAAAGACUAAUUCCUGUAUCGCAAGAUCUUGUUGGAUGCGUUUUAUACACGCCUAAAUUUUCAUCUGAAGGACAACACGAACUUACAAUCGCCUUGUUUGAUAUCUCCGCGUGGAAAGUUGUAUUUGAAAGAAAGUUGAGUGGUAAACCAGAACUAAAAUCGAUUGCGUGCAAUCUUCAAAGAGGUGUGGUGUUCUGUGCUGAAAACGACGCAAGAAAGCGCGAAAUGUUCUUUUACAGAGGUGAGGCAAAUGUUCCCAUUUGGAAAGAAGACGACAUUUACCAGGGCGGUUGCAACUGGAGACACCCACACUGCGUAUUUUCUCCUCAGGGAGAUAUACUCGUCACAUGGAAUACUCUGAAUGACGGCUAUGGAUUGCACGCUCUCAGUGCGAAGACUGGAAUGAGGAAGCACGUCUUUCUGGAAAACUGUCACGACAUCGCCGACAGCAAGUUCCUCAACGAUGGCGAGACUAUGGUCUGCUACAGAAACGAGUCCAACGUACGACUUUUCAGUGUUACGUCCGGCGAAGUACUAGCUGUCUUGGACAUAGGAGAGCGCCCGACCUGUAUAGGAUGUUCUCCUGGUGAACCUCGUAUUGCUGUUGGCCUACGUUUUGGAAACGUAAUAGUGAUUCGAGCGCAUGUGCCAAAACUACGGAGAGCCAACCACAAACAGAGGAAGGGUGAGUUAGUGUCUCUAUGAUAAGUGUCAAUGGGUUACAAUGUAGAUGGUACCUGGUUCGCUGAUUGAUUCAUCUGGGUGAUUUUUCACUUUCGUGUUGAAAAAAAUUGAUUUUGUCUUACCUUAUUCAUGAUAAGUACCUGGUCCCGCAAAUUUGAGCCUCCUUCGCCGUCAAUUAUUUUCGAAAGUUAAACCAAGACCAACCGGGUCACUCGCCAAUUUAAUUUACCAUGUGUUUCGUCUUAUUUGAGUCAUCGUGAACUUCUUAGGUUGUCCAUCUUUAUUUCAUUGUUACUGGCUGUUUUGGUCUCUUUGGUUUUGAUUUAACGACUCGUAAGAGAGAAGCACUCUUUAAACUUGCUUUGUGUAGGUAAGCAUGUAUGUCUCACGAACAUACCGUUCAUUUCCUUACGAUCAAAAGAAAUACUGAAGGGUCCUUGAUCACCUGGUUCGUUGAGGUCAUGUCUAGGGACUGGAUCAGUUAUGUCUGCAUUCAAAUCUGUUGGACCUAAGCCCUACCGUUUCUCAUGAUGCCAAAGUUAGCCUUGUUACAGAAAUCAUCAUUAUGUACAUUCAUAAUUGCAGGAUUUUUUUUUUGCAGGACCUGGUGAGAGUCCAAUUAGCGGAGAUUCGCAAGUCAAAGGGAGUAAGUGUCUGUAGGAAGCCGCGGAAAGGUGCUAGCUCAAAAAUGAAAUAAUAAUUAUGAACACUAUUUUAAAACUCCAUUAAGUGACUGUUCAUGAGAACUGACUAAGUCAGAAUUGAUUGAUAAAAAAUAACCGUUAGAAGGACCUCAAUAGGGAUCCCAGAGAGCCAAGAUGACAAAACUGGGGAAAACGUCGAUGAAAAAAUGUUUUAAGUUUUUCGUUAGGACUUUUUCGUUAGAAAGUGGAGAAGUUGAAGUUCAAUUCUCAGUAUACAUACCAGGCGUUCAAGGUGAUCGGCAUAAAAACAAGCCAAAAUUUUCUUUCAAACUACUGGAACGUUUCCAUGAUGACGGAGACCGUAGAGGCGUUUUUUACAAAGCACAUUUAGCUCCCAAAUCAACUUAGUUUUGAAAUACUCAACUAAGUCAACUGCACAUGAACAAAACUAGAUAAGGGAAACCAAAGAAAUUAGAAAACCAAUGAUUAAGAAAAAAAAAGAAAGAAAAAAGAAGAAAAAAUCCUAGCUAGAAAAAGGGAACAAAAUGAAACAAACCUAAUUCACUGAAAUGCUAAAAAUAUGGGUAUUGGAAGGUGUACGCUCUCAUCAGUAUGCAUAUUCUCCGUACUGUUCUCUAUACAUUUCUAAAGGUUCUGACAAAGAGAAUGUGUUGAACAAUCAAGAGCGUCCCUCGUUCGUUAUCUUAUUCAUACGCCCUUAAUGUGUGAUUCAGGGGUGAUAUUGUAAAAAGAAAUUAGAAACAAAUGACCCAAUUGGUUAACAACGGUGUUAAACACGUAGCUUUUGUCACCUUAGUUUCUUAAAACAUCCUGCUUCGCCAAGCUCAUGAAAAUGUGGCCUCCAAUUUAGUUAAAGUUUUCGUUCCGAUAGAAAACGAAGAAUCCAAACCGAAAAAUAACUCGCAAUCGUAUAAUAGCAAUUUUAUUCGAUCUGAAAUCAAAUUAAUAAGAUUCUGCUUACUAAAUGCAAUCUCAUAAUUAAUAGAUGGAACUAGAAAAGUCAAAUAAAUGUCCGUGAGAGCCAAGAAUGGAUGUAAGCGAACCCAGAUGGUUCUUAAAACAAGCCUAAAUACAAAUGCUUUAACCCCCAUUAGGUAAGCAAGACAUCUAAUCCUAACUUGACAGUUUAAUACACAAUUUUCGUUUCACUUUCUUCUACGGCGAGUUUUCUUAAAUGUCCUUGAAUACAGCAUGUAUAAAUCCGGGCAACAGGUAAGCGGUAAAAACUCUGAUCAUUUCAGUACAACUGUCGUCGAGAGAACUACUGAAAACUAAGCUACUCCAAUAACUUUUAACAAAGCGUGCACUGUUGCGGUUUCCUGUUUGUGACAGCUAAACGUAAAUUCCUUAAAUAGUUCAUUGUCUGCUUGAACAGUUUUAAAUCGUCGCUCAAAACAGAUUGCACGCAAUUUACAAAUUAAAAUAAAUUGACGAAUUUACCGCACUUUCGUUAGGGUUACCGGCGUAACGACCCAUUUGGGAUGUUGGUAGAACACGAGAAAACUUGGUAAAUCAAGAGCCGGAGGCAAGUGAUUUAGUAAACUUUGUGUUCUCCCAACAUCCCAAGUGAGUUAGUACGCCAGUAAAACUAUAGAAAGUGCGGUCUACUGCUUUUAUAAAAUAUACUUCAAUUUUCUACGGUUUUAUCAGUGCAACAAAUGAUAGGUUUUUGAACAACAAAGGCACUUGUAGUAUGUCAUUUACUAUAUAGAGUGACGUAAAAUAUACAAAUAAUUAGGAUAAUCAAAUGCUAGAGGCAUAUCCUAGACUUUGAUUGAACAUUGUAAUGUCACACUGUUGUGUAAGUUCAUAACUUGUAAAUGGUUUAAGUGUCAUUCAUUUCUACAGACACGUUCAGAGGAAUACAGUACACGAUGCCAGCGUAAACAAUCCUGUGUCUUGAGUGCUCAGUGCACAACUACUAUACCAUUAAAUAAUGUUAAUGACACGUGUUGGCUCGUGAGGACAUCAUUUUUACAAACUCUGAAAGAGAAAUAAAUCAGCUUAAGCGAUGUGGUGGAAAUAGAGUUUAGACCGGCAUAAAAUAUCUUAAUUAUUUGGGAAAUGGGGUGUUAGAAAAUAUUGCAGCUUUUUAGUGUAGUCUCGAAGCGCCCAGUUUAGUACUGGGCAUGCUUGUUUCUUUUUUUAUUCCUAAGAAUUUCCACUUUGAAUUGGUCACGACAAGGGGUCUUACUCUAAAACCACCUUCACUAGCUGUCAGCUACACCCUUAGACAAAAAUAUAUAUCGUAAGAGCCUAAACUAUUUUACAAAUUUUAUAUUUUUCAUUUAUACUGAUUCGACAUUUUAUUUACAAACGUAACAUAUACAAAUUUUUAUACAACUUUCUUUAAACAACUGAUAGUUCUUUUUAAUGUUUGAUAUUCAAAAUCAAUUUCCGGCAAUCGAAUAAGUUGACAUAUUUAUCCGAUUAAAUUUUUACUUUAUAAUAAUAGAUAGCAUGAAUUGAACGCACUUAGCUUCAAGAGCGUAAUUUAGUUGGCGGGCGAGUGCUUACUAUUAUCUCGGCGAAAAUUUGAUUUACAGCGGCGGAAAGCUGGCGAAAGAAAGAAAUUUGUACCGAGGGGGUUAGAGACGGUCAACUCUGACUCUAAAGCAAACAUGGCUGGUUUGAAAAUGAUCGCGAGCUUCUUAAUGUUAACUUUCACUAAUAAGACGCUUACAUUGCAUACUAGAACGGACUAACUUAGGUAAUCUUCAGAUCCUUUCAUUCAUUCUUAAUAGGCUAUUAUCUUGGCGAAACUUUGAUUUACAGCGGCGGAAAGCUGGGGAGAGAAAGAAAAUUGUACCGAGGGGGUGACUGAUGGUCAACUCUGACUCUAAAUCAAACAUAGCUGGUUUGAAAACGAUCGCGAGCUUCUUAAUGUUAACUCUUAAUAAUUAGACGCCUACAUUACAUACUAGAACGGACUAUCUUGGGUAAUCUUUCAGAUCCUUUCAUUUAUUCAUUCUUAUAAUCAAUUCAAAAUUCCCUUUCAAAAACCUUCAAUGUAAAAGAAAGAACUAAUUCUACUCAGGCUUAAUUCAGCUUUUAAAUUCAAACAUGGCUAGCGCAGCCAGUUUGAGUCUUCAGAUGAUUGACAGUCAGGUAAAUAAUUAGAAAUGAAAGCGCCACCUUGUAUGAAAAGGAAAAUUAUAAUCCCAAACUAUGUGUUAAGAGGUUUUGGAUAUGGAAAAUAACUUUAAUUUAGGAAGUUCUGCACUGUUUGUUUACAUUUGAAUGGAUCACAGCUUGAAGAAUAUUAGACGAAACAGUACAUUGUUCGACUCGAAGUCUGCUAGUCAUGAAACCUUUGUCAUAGCGAAGUUUAUAUUUAGAGGCAGUCAUGAAUUCGUUGUGUCACAGCGGGGUCAAAUUGCGGGUACUCUUUCAAGAUACCUUUGUCUCAUUUGUUUCCAAGAAUUAUUUCACGGCACUCGACCUGUCAUGGUCGAAACUUUGAAGCUUCGUUUGCCGUUAAAUGAUAUCUGAUUCUUGCCUCCCCUAGCCGGCUUAACUGGCGAUUUUGGCGAUGUGCGAAAAUGACUAUUUGCGUCCCAAGCCUCUCGCAGCCUUGCCGCCUAACGUUCAAAGCUCACACAACCGCGAGUUACAUGUACACAGGCAUUCGCAGGCAUGUCUCCAUAGCAACUCAACGAGCAGCGCUGCAGAGGUUAUAUACCAUCGACAACAAAACUGUUGAUUGCCAAGGAUGCUUUCACUGAUGAAGGGUAUUUGUCGGCUUACCUAGUCAAGCAAUUUUGAUAAGUUUUUUUUCUUCUCGGUAAUGCAAGCGUGAAUGUUUGGCCAUUCUCAGAAUUUUGAUGAUAAAUAGCAUGCUUUGUUUCCUCCCAAAAUGAAUACAGCAAUGAAAUUCAAUCGGCUGUCAAUGACUUUUUGUUUUUAAUGUCUAAAAGAACCAACGAGCAUCGUCGUUUAUACGCAUGACCAAUUAGACAUAUAUACGGUUGAGAUAGGAAAAGUUUCUAGAAGAGCGGAUGACUCGAUUUAUAUCUUCAUCUAUAUUGAAGCGCAGCCGACAGACAGUAAUUCUGAGCAAAGUUAGUCGAGCAAAGUGCCCUGUCUCAAGAAAACUACUCAGAGGAAACACAUUCUGUUUAUUGUGGUCAAGUAGAGAAUAAUUGUUGGCAGGUAUGUCUUUCUAGUAUGUUCCAGGCCUUAUAUUCCUAGCUUCAAUAACUAAUUACUUAUAGCCAAUAGCUCCAAGUUUCUUUGUCACUCAAUCGCCAAAGGGCGAAAGAGCACAUGCAGCGAAAUGUUCUCAUAAUGAACGUCUGAAAAUAUUCUUUCACGCCAAUAAUUCAACCAUUUGGUAUUCGAAAUGCCGUAAAGCUGCCUUGAUCGACUUAUUGUUGAGGUAAAGUUUAGGAAUUCCUCCAAAUGGUGUCGCUAUUUCCUCUGCAUUAGCUAAGAUGCCCAUCAAAAGUCAAUAAUUCUGAGCAAAGUUAGUCGAGCUAAGUGCCCUGUUUUAAGUAAACUACUCAAAGGAAACAUUUUUGUAUUGACGUCAAGCAGAGAGUAAUUUUGGCAGGUAUGUCUUUCUAAUACGUUCUAUGCCUUAAAUCUAGGUUUUCGCAUAACCACAUUCCUAGCUUCAAUUAGGAAUUCUACAGCUUUCCUCCUCAAGGCUACCUCAAAUACAGUUGAAUGCGUUUUAACUAUUCAAUGCAAGUUUAGAAAAUCAGAAGAGUCCAUGCGAUCCAACUCAAAUUCUGGGAAAUAGUUCACCUAAAACAGAGAACACUGCCUGUGUAACAACGGAAACGCGUUUAAAUCACCCGAAGAUCACGUGAUGCACCUUGGGUAAAGAUCGUGAGCUUCUUAAUGUUAACUCUCCUUAAUAAGAUGCUUACGUUGCAUGCUAGAACGGACUAUCUUGGGUAAUUUUCAGAUCCUAUCAUUCAUUCUUAUAAUCAAUUCAAAUUCCCUUUCAAAAACUUUUGAAAUAAAAGGAAGUACUAAUUCUAUUCAGGCCCGCAAUGAAAAACUUAACUUUUUAAAUUCAAACAUAGCAAGCAUUGAGUUUUCAGAUGAUUGACACCGUUACGUAACAUAUUGCGGUUUGGGAAUGUACUUUUCCUUCUCAUACAAGGUGACACUUUUCAUUUGUUUUUAUUUCAAUUAUUUGAGAGGUUUUGGAUAUGGAAAAUAACUUUAAUUUAGGAUGUUCUGCACUGGUUGUUUACAUUUGAAUGGAUCACAGCUUGAAGAAUAUUAGACAAAACAGUACAUUGUUCGACUCGAAGUCUGCUAGUCAUGAAACCUUUGUCAUAGCGAAGUUUAUAUUUAGAGGCAGUCAUGAAUUCGUUGUGUCACAGCGGGGUCAAAUUGCGGGUACUCUUUCAAGAUACCUUUGUCUCAUUUGUUUUCGAGAAUUAUUUCACGGCACUCGACCUGUCAUGGUCGAAACUUUGAAGCUUCGUUUGCCGUUAAAUGAUAUCUGAUUCUUGCCUCCCCUAGCCAGCUUUAUCGACGAUUUUGGCGAUGUGCGAAAAUGACUAUUUGCGUCCCAAGCCUCUCGCAGCCUUGCCGCCUAACGUUCAAAGCUCACACAACCGCGAGUUACAUGUACACAGGCAUUCGCAGGCAUGUCUCCAUAGCAACUCAACGAGCAGCGCUGCAGAGGUUAUAUACCAUCGACAACAAAACUGUUGAUUGCCAAGGAUGCUUUCACUGAUGAAGGGUGUUUGUCGGCUUACCUGGUCACGCAAUUUUGAUAAGUUUUUUUUCUUCUCAGUAAUGCAAGCGUGAAUGUUUGGCCAUUCUCAGACUUUUGAUGAUAAAUAGCAUGCUUUGUUUCCUCCCAAAAUGAAUACAGCAAUGAAAUUCAAUCGGCUGUCAAUGACUUUUUGUUUUUAAUGUCCAAAAGAACCAAUGAGCAUCGUCGUUUAUACGCAUGACCAAUUAGACAUAUAUACGGUUGAGAUAGGAAAAGUUUCUAGAAGAGCGGAUGACUCGAUUUAUAUCUUCAUCUAUAUUGAAGCGCAGCCGACAGACAGUAAUUCUGAGCAAAGUUAGUCGAGCAAAGUGCCCUGUUUCAAGAAAACUACUCAGAGGAAACACAUUCUGUGUAUUGAGGUCAAGUAGAGAAUAAUUGUUGGCGGGUAUGUCUUUCUAGUAUGUUCUAGGCCUUAUAUUCCUAGCUUCAAUAACUGCUUAUUGCGAAUAGGUCAAAAUUUCUUUGUCACUCAAUCGCCGAAGGGAGCAUGAGCACAGGCAACAAAAUUUUGUUAUAAUUAAUGUCUGAGAAUAUUCUUUCUAGGAAAUAACGCAGCCACAUGGUAGUCGAAGUGCUGUAGAGCUGCCUCGACUAUCUCAUUGUUGGACUAAAAUUAAGGAAUACCUAGAAAGGUUCUCGCUAUUUCCACUGCAUAGGCUAAGAUGCUUAUAAUGUCACGGGAUAUAUUUCCAGUGCAGUGUUCUAAGGAAGAUUUUGCUUUUACCCAUUGCUUGCGCAUUUGAAGUAAUCUAGGCGGGUUUGCGUGUAUAGUAUGUGACUGCUAGCAGCAGUUCAACAAGCGUGCCAUUGUCUUGUGAUAAUGAGAGACCCACCAGGAGAGCAAGUUGUUUUUCUAGGAAAAUCGAGUUCUCAUGAGCUAACAUCAAGUCUACAAUUCAUAUUACGGCGGGCUUGAGUGAGACAUGUCGAAAUCUGUCGAGAAAUUGACAUUAUGACUAAUCUAUUGAGCCGAAGAAAAAUUUUGUUUAAGCCCGGAUAAAGUCCAUUGCAGUUUACCAGAGGCUUUUGAGAUCUUUAGAAUAGUAAUGUUCAGUUAUAAUAACGAUAUAAUCGUAAAUGUUCGAAAGUUUUCUACCGUAUCGUUUUAGUAGCUGUAUAGUACAUGGGCUGAGUGAGAUUUUCUAGGAUACAGAUUCACAGUAAAUUCAGGAACCAGCACAUUCACUCCGAAAGAAAUGCUAAGGUCAGUUUACUCAUUCAAGCUAUCGAGUUGAACAUUCGAAGAGAAAUUGUAGAUCUUAGCGCGCUCAUGUUUUAUUCUCUAUUGAACUCGCGAUCGAUACCAUUUCAUUCGAUAAAGUUUACAACAUUUAAACUUUUGGUGGAGUUAUUCAGAGGGAGAGAUGACCAGUGUCAAGAACAUGCUGAGCCUAUAUAACGGAUAUAACGUGCGCUGUCAUCGGUUGAAAGAGUUUCUUCCAUCAGAGUACAAAGCACGGUGCGGAACCAUAAGUUGUCGCGCCAAGUGCCAAUUUGUACAAUGUCCAACUUCUCUUUCGCCUUUUUUCGUCAAUUGAAAGUCAAAUUAUUGAACAAGCGAGCGGGCAAGUAGCAACAGAAGAACUAACAAAGGUAUGAAAACAUGUCAAGCGCCGUAAUUCAUGAAAUUUCAAUGCCUUGAGGUGAGUAAAGACGAAUAUCACCAAAGAGAAAACUAAAUGGACUUUCCGACUUAUGAAGGUUUUUACGCUCAGAUCGAUUGUCACUUCAGUAGAUGCAGUAAUAAAGCUUGCACACAGCGAACACUCGUAAGGUAUAUGUAGUUUCGUGUCCAAAAAUAAAACAGAGCAAAACAGGAAUUGAUGAUAAAAAUCAAGGUGUCGGAGAAAUUGAUCCUAGCUCAUCAGGGCGAUCUCCGGUCAUCGCAAUGAUGAUGUAUUGAGUGGAAGGUCGCAACAGCCGAAGGGACGCUUCCACCCCGAGCAAUCUUCAUGUUCCUGUGAAUUCGGCUGUCGAUCAUUCAUAAAACACACCUCUUGAGCAGUUUGUUUUCCAAGUUUCACGUUAAAAAACUUGCGUGUUUUCACGAGCCACAAAUUGGCCGAAUUUAUCCGAACAUUUCACUUUCAGAUUCUUUAUUUAGACUUACAAACUUCAAGCGAAAAAAUUAAAUUCGAGCUGUCGAAUUAUUUGGGUUUGUGAACCAUCAAUACCACAAAUGCAUUGAUUAAAAAUUUCACUUCAACUUCAACUUCAUUGAGAUAUUUAUACCGAGAUGUAAUUUACAUAUCAUUUUAUAUAUAAGUAUAUAUAUAUAUAUAUGUAUAUGUGAAGUUUGUCUUUUGAUUUUUCCGUAGCACAGUGCUCGAUACGUAGAAGUAAAGCGCGAUGUAUAGGGAGAUAAGGAAAAAACAGAGACUAUAUAGUUUAAUCCCUACAAGCCUGUUUCGUGAUUACUUAUUCAUCAGGGGAUUUUAUUGUUAAGAAUAUUCGUAACCAUCGUUUAUAUACUUUACAAAUUUGCAUAAUGGGCGUGGCAGUAAAUUUCAAUGCUUUGUAUAAUUGUACGCAGUAACGCUUUGUUUCUGUGCCGGCAUGAGGACACGAAUUCAUUACGUUUAUUGAGUGAUGAUAGUUCAGGUUGGCGGAUGAUAAAUAAUUUUUCUUUCAGGCAGGGGUUGCAUCUUAUGAUUGCGCUGUUGUAGGGUGAUCUUAAUGCAAGCAUGCGCCAUGACAUAAAGUGGUCAUGAAUAUUCUUAACAAAAAAAACCCCUGAUGAGUGAAUAAUCACGAAACAGGCUUGUAGGGAUGAAAGCAUAGUCUCUUUGUUUUUUCCCUAUCUAAAUAAAUAAAUACACAUAUAUAUAAAUAUAUAUAAAUAUAUAUAUAAAGUUCUGUCUGAUUAUAUAUAAAGUUCUGUCUGAUGAGCGCUUAGGCGCGAAACUCAGAGUCAUAGAGAAUCGAUGCGUCCUCUUUAAUUCUUUAACUUAUGUAUACUUAGCUCUGCUACCACAGCAUCGAGCACUUUAUGCCAAGGUAGACUCUACCCCCACAUUUAUUUAAAUAUAUACAUAUACACAUAUACAUACAUACAUAUAUCUAUAUACAUAUAUUUAUAUAUAUAUAUAUAUUUACAUAUAAAUUUAUAUAUACAUAUAUAUACAUAUAUACACAUAAAUAAUACAAAUUGUUACUAGAACCCUCAGGCCAACAAAGAUGCACCGCGCCAGGAGGAUCAAUAAAGAUUUAUCACUAAAGAUUGAUCACGCUCGUUCACGUGAUUUUGUAUCUUAUUCAUUAGUUGUCACCUGUAAUUACGUAAUCAAACAAUGACAAACGGAAAAAAUGAUGAACAAACAAGGUUCAGAAGUAUCUUCAGUCACAGUAACAAAAAUUGCACCACCUCUGCAUGAUAAAUUUUUUAAACCCGAGCUUAUGCAAGAGAAAAUGUUCCAUUAUUUUCUCUUGGCUCAUGAAAAAGUGAACAAGGUUUGCAGAGUUUUCCCGUUCUUGAGACAGCCAGGAACUAGUUACUGACUCAAGGAAAGCUUUAAAAAAUUUAAAUUCAGGGGCCCUCAAGUAGUUUAAGGCCUGGGUCAGGAGAGUAAAUUGCCUUAAGAAAAUAAACAGCUCUAUCUCCGUAAAUACGCAGCCGAUUGCGCUGAAACUUUCGUGGACGAUAGUUUUCCGUAAGAACUUUUACCUUAUGGCAACAAUACCGACGACGAAAGUCACAUGUCGGGUCACGUGAUCAAAACGCUGCUCAAUCAAUUUUUAUCGGAAUUGGUAAGAUUUACACACACUCUUCAAUGACCAAUGAAUGAAACAAAUACUCAGUAAAAAUUCUAGCCAUCUACGUCUGGAAUGAAUUUCCUUCGUUCCUUCAAAAAGAGAAUUGAGAUUUGUUAGAGCUUCGAAGAGAAUUUUGUAAACUUAAUGGAAUUUUGUUUGUUAUCAUCUGUACUUGACACAUCAUUCCGAACGUGAAGACAAAGUUUAUCAAUGCCUUCUUCCAUUUUUCAAAAGACAAUCGCGUGAAACGGAAACUUCAGCACCGGCGGAUGCGUUAUGAUUACUCCUUUUAGGGCUACGAAAAAUGCCGCUAUUUUGUUUCUUUUCGUUAAUAAUACAUGAGUAAGACCUGACUAUUACAUUACACCGCUGAUUACAAAGGUGCAAAUCGAAUAUGGCAGUCAACAUCGGUCAGAGGACAAUGACUGCAGCGAAAAGCGAUACUGCUUAAAUAACUGACUUAGUUUAUUAUUCCGCGCUCUAGAACAGUAUUUUUGCGACUCUUGAAAUUCGAGGAACGCUGAAAUACUUCAAUGAUGAUUAAUAAUUUGCGUUUGUUUGUAGUUGCUGUUGUUUUUUUUUUGCAAUUUCCACUUGUGGAACGCAUUGUUUGUCUUGUGGUUUCCUGUGGAGUCAAAUAUACGACAGCUUUUACAUAAAUAAAAUCCCAAAUGUUUCUCUUGCCUUGACUGCCAAGUCAGUUUACUAACGGGCAGUCAGUUUUUCAAAUUUCAGUUUGACAUGCUGAUUUGCUCAUGUUAAGUUAUGGGGGGGCAAUUUCCCUUGCCAAAAAAUACGAAAAAAAAAACAAGAUAUGAUAAUGAGUCAGAAAAGGCAUAAGCUGGCAUCUGGAAGAGAGGUAUUGGCUGUACAAGGAAAAUUUCAAAGAAUAUCUUCAUCAACAUGUCAGCAAAAGUGUUUCUUUUCUCUACAAACCUUUUGAAGGUUUCCCAAUACUUACUGAUAGAAAAAAGCAGCAUCAACUACAAACAAAAUUCCCUAUCAUUGAUAAGUUUUUUCCUAAAGAAUUAUAAGGCCAUUGAUCACCUAAUUUCACAGUGGUCACCACUGAAAAAUAGAGGAAGUAACUAAAAACAUUUACCAUUGAAAGCUGGCAGCAAACUGUCCCGCAUAAAUCAACCCUGUGAAGAGACUUUUGUAAACUUAAUGGCGUUUUGCAUUUACACCCUGCACGAUGUUCAUGCUUUAUUUUAACGACUCCAGUAGAGAAUAUCUUUUACAAAAAAAAUACAUGUUGUGUGGUGAACAAAAAGGAGCUAUUUACAGAUGUUUAAAAUCAAACAAAAGAACUGGCUGGCAAAAAAGAUUUCCAAACAAACACAGAAGGAGGUGAAAAACUUUGGGACAGAGAUCUACAGAGAAUUUGACAAAGUAUGCAAGGAGUGAUUGGGAAAGUCCUUUGGCGAAGUAAUAUCCCUGGUUCCUGAGGCUGGGUGAAAAAAGUAGGAAUCACCUGUUAAUGCAAAGAAAAAAAACUGUAAAGCAAAGAUAAAAUUAAUAAAGAAGGUGAAAAUUCUUUAAAAAAAAAAAAAAAAUUAUGUAGGCCUUCACCCGGCUCAGCGCAUAUCAUUUGCAAGGCAAAGAACAGUGGAAUGCUUCAAUAUCAUCAAUGAAGCAGAGGAAAGGGUCAACAAUACACCAAAGUGACAACAGAGGUUGUAUGUUCUCACAACAUUGGAACAACAUUGGGGACCUUUAGCAGCUGCUGCUGGAUGUCACUGUCAAGGAGUACCAUUCAACAGACAAGAGGCAAGUGUCCCACCAACCAAUGCUGGGCAGGUUUUAAAAGAGUAUUCAAAGUCUCAGGGAGUAGACACCAAUGUAUUAGAAAAACAAACAAGUAAGUUCUAGGUUGUUCUACACACCAGCAAAUUAAAUGUAGUGCUUAAAGAUUCAACCAUAUCACUCUGUUUUCUAACAGACACUUACAGAAUACAUGUACAGCCCUCUUAUACAGAUGAAAAGAUCAUAAAAAAAACCAUCCAACUCAGUUUCAUAACCAAGUUGAAAGUCAUUCUUAAUCAGUAAUAGAACUUGCAGUUACUGAUCAGAAGGCAAGCUCAAACAAAAAAAGAAAGUAUUUUCUGUGCAGAAAAUUCAGAAAGGUCAAAGUUAAACCACCUCAAAACAUUUACCAGCUCCAGGUGCCAUCUCUUGAUAAUUAGAUGCCACGUACAUAGCCAAUCCAGUCACAUGAAAGCAUUUCUUUGAUGGUCAUUCAGUCAGUUAUGUUCAAUAAAAUUUUACAUAGGAUUUAUACCUUCCAGCUUAUUCUGAUUUUUCAUAAGACCCCGCAACACUUCACCAGAUUCCAGUGUUGUUGGAUGUCAAAAGAAUUUGCUGUAAACAAAAAAGUAUAAUAAACAAUAUUGUUAAGUAUGAUUAAAAACAAAUUUUGUUUUGGUCAUGGGCAUAUCACUAGCCUUUGGAAUGUAACUCAAGCCUUUGUCAUCAAAGGUUAAAACCUACCACUCAUUUUGACAAGUCUCUCGUGAUCGACUCAGCCAAAAUCUAUUUUUCACUGUUCAUGUAAGAACACAACUGUGUAAGUAUAGCUUUUAUUUUCCUCAUUUAUUCGAAAAGUACAAGCAUUGUAGCUUAAUUGAUAAACUCUCUUUGUUGAAGCUCAUAGGACUCACAGCAGUCUCAUGUUGAUGUUGCCUAGAAAAGUGUUGUGCUGCAGAUCACUGUGAAAUUUUUGACUUGGGAUUGAACGUACCACAGUAUUCAGUUUUGAUAAACAAACAAAUGUGAUCUACUCUAUGGGAAAGGUUACACAUCGAGGUUUAUAAAUUUUCGCUCAUCCCAUACUGAUGAGAAUGAAACUUUCCCAAGUAUACUAAAAAAAAUUUAAUCGCUAGUUUAGUAAACCAAAAAAAUGCAUUUUCCUUGAACGCUCUUAAUUAAUGGUGUACGCGUUAGUAAAUUCGCAGCUACAGCAAAUUAGAGCUAAUUUAUGAGAAAACAACACAAAAACAACACUCACCUCAACUGUAAAUCUGACAUCUGCGAAAAAACAGCGUCGUCUGAAACAUUUAGGCUAGAAAUCGAUCUUAACUUCCUCGAAAACAUGAAUUUUCUAAUCGUUGAUCGGCCGCCAUGUUACCCCUCUCCGAUUGAAUAGCAUGAAACUCUGCUGGGGGUCUCGAUGUCGGCCAGUUGCGAUUGAAGAGAUUGAUCCAUGGAAUGGCAUUUUGAGCGUCUACUCUUCUUUUUUGCUACUGUUUAUUCGGCAUUUUUUCGGUUUUAUAAUCAAGACCCUAACGAAAAUGAUAGUGACGUAAAGCGAGGCAAGAAGUAGUUAUAUUAUGACAGUCAAGUGAGUUUUGGAUCAAGUAACGUUAGUUCGCCUGUGGAGUGAGAUAGCUAUCUGAGUGCUGAAAAUGGGAUGUUUUUGCGCAAAAUCUUACUGAGAUUUCUGUUAUUCAUAUUCUCAGUGAAAAUAAACAACUCUUCCUGUGCUCCUUUAAAGCAAAACAUCAACGUUUCGACGUACGUAACCAUGGAGAGUCCUCCAACAUCAGCAUUUGCUAGUUCUACAGAAAAGAAGAAUGGUGAGAAGUUAUGGAGUCUUGUUACUAAUGGGGGAGCAGCAGUAUUAAGGAUCCUCCUGAGUAAAUCUCACUCCCCUCAACCAUUAGCUACUUGGCUCGGUCAGCAUAAACAAACACUCUCAAGUCUCAAACAUAAGGUGCUUUAUAAUGAUCAAUGGCAAAAGCUCUUUCCGCCUGAUAGAACGCAACCAGAUUGUGAGUCAUUUGACAUAACACUGCUUGUGAUCCUUUUAAUCAACAUUUGUGGUUUGUCACCUCCGAACACCGGAUGGAACAACAAGCCUGCUCAGAACGACAAGUCCACAGAAGCAAAUAUUGUUCGCAUCAGGUAUUUUCGAAAUCUGCUCGAUCAUGCUCCAUCAACUGGAGUUCCCACGCAAAAGUUCAACACCUACUGGGAGGAAAUUGCUGAUGCUUUGGUUGCCCUUGGACUAGAUCGGAAUGAAAUAGAUGCCUUAAAGAAAGAGGAAGAGUUAGAGAAACUGGCACGUUUUGAUUUUACAGGAGACAUAAACCAUUACCUUGCUAAAUUUCAAGACAGAACGCGAGAGUGGAUCUUCAAUGAGGUCAAAAAUUGGUUAGAUGACAGGAGGUCGCCGCACCGUGCAAUGCUGAUCACUGCAGUUGCCGGAAUGGGAAAGUCCGUCGCCAGUGCAGUCAUUUGCAAGAGAAUGCAAAAGGAAGACAGGCCAAUAGGGUGUCAUUUUUGUCAACACAGCUGCGACUUCUACCGUGAUCCGAAACGAAUGCUUCAAUCACUGGCCUACCAGUUAAGCUCAAAAUUGCCAGAAUACAAAGCAGCCCUCGUAAAGCAGCUCUCCAGUGACCGUGGCAAAGAGCUAGAAGAUAUGAGAGUGGAAGAUCUCUUUGUGUGGCUGUUUAAGGAACCCCUUUCCGCUGUGUCAGACCCUGGCAGAAACGUCCUCGUGAUAAUAGAUGCCCUGGACGAAAGUGAACUCGAUGGACGCAAUGAGUUACUUGAUGUCAUCGCCAAUUACUUAUCCAAAUUGCCGCUUUGGAUAAGAUUUCUUAUUACCGCAAGACCAGAGAAAAACAUUUCAGACAAACUAAGAAAUCUGAAGAUUUUCAAGUUGCAACAAGAGGAUGAGCGGAAUCGUGAUGAUAUCAAAACUUUCUUUGAAAAGAAACUGAAUUCUGACGUAACAAACCCAGACAGCCUCAGCGCAAUUGUACAAGAGUUGGUUCAUCUCUCGGAUGGCUCGAUGCUCUUCGUAUACUUUUUAAUACAAAUGAUCCAAGAUGGCGCAUCACCAGUAAGUCCAGAGGAACUUCGUCGACAAUUCCCACAUGGCAUUUCCUCAGUUUACCAGUCCUAUUUUGAGCGAAUGGAGAAAAGACUGAAGGAAGAAUUGAAGGACAACUACGGCAGUUUUUUGACUGAUUUUCUGAGUGCUUUGACUGUUUCUGUAGAACCUUUGCACAAAGAUUUCAUCGUGGACAUACUGCUGCAAAACCGUAACACUUCAGAAAGUGAUCCCUUGAGCGAUCAGCGAAAACUUGAGGGUGUUAUUGGCUGUAUUUCUUCUCUUUUCAUUCUUCGAGACGACCAUGUUCACAUGUUCCACAAAUCUAUCAAGGAUUGGUUGACAGACCCGUCCAAUGGAUUUUUCUUCGUAGAGGAGAAGGAAGGUCAUAAGAUUCUGUCUGAGUUGUGCGCAGAAGUACUUGAAAUUGUGAAGGGACGUCUUGAAUACCUUGCAGAACCGCCGCCUCAAGCCAAGAUAAAAUACGCCUUACGACACGGUGUCAAGCACAUGCUGGAAGCAUUAGAGACAGAAAGCGCUCAAAUGGAAGAAUUAGUUCAAGGGUACGUGACAGAUCUCGAACUCGUUUAUGCCAAGCUACGUACAGAGGACACUGAUGUGCUUAAGGAUCUUGUUCUUGUACAAGAACAUCCUAACUCAAGGGAAUUAAGCGAAGAAAUCCACAAUACGAUUGAAAGCCUUUUACUACAAUUCAAGAGAAACCCUAAGUUGCUUCGAGAUACUCCUGGGAUGAUUUUCCAAAACCUACUCAAUGAAGGAGGAUCAGCGCUUUAUCAACAGGUGUCUGAUACUCUUUUGAGUUCCCAUCCAGAAAUACCAUAUAUGAAGCUGUUGGACAAAAAUGGUCAUCAAGGCCCUGUUGUUGGUCGUUUUUUCUGCUCUGACAAAGUGGUUUGCUUUGAUGUUUCCCCAGAAGAAAAACUCUUGGUAAGCGAAUGUCGUGAUGGACAGACGUCGUUAUGGUCACUUAAGACUGGAAAGCGGCUAUGGGAAAAAGCUUUAUUAAAAUCGAGAAAGUCGUACAAUGAAGUUCCUCUUGGAAGUGCUUUUCGACAGACGUGCGAAGGCAGUGAGACUGGGAAAAGGACUUUGUCGUUUUACCGUUCCACUGUCUUCCAUCCAGACGGUUGUUCCAUUUUGCCAGGAAACUUGGCCAAAGUUUACAGCUUAGAUGGAGAACCGAAGUCACUCUUUCCAGAGAGCAAAUGUCAUUUCAAUGUUUGCUAUUUCUCACGUAACAAAACUAGGAUGUUAACUGAUUGUCCAGAAGACGCCCAUCAAGUGGUCAUGUGGAACACCAAGAAUGGUGAGGAGAUCAAACGCUUCGAGAGCGAAGAAACCAUAGCUUCUUUUGCUAUUUCUCAAGAUGGAAGUCGUGUUGCGAUCUGCAAUACAAGUGGCUUACUCUGGUUACAAGCUGUUGAAGAUCCCAGCUGGAAGAAAGCACCUCCAAACAUUUUUGGUGAAGGUAACCCCUGUGGACUGUUACAUUUUACAGAAGCGGGAGUUCUUGUCGGUGGUAGUAUCCAACAUGAGCUGUCUGAUCACCGAGAUAAGUACAAACUUUCGGUGCCAGCGCUUCAGUCACAAUCAUCUUGUGUCUUGUGGCCGUGGGAAUCGGUUGAUUCUGUUGAUAGAUUGAAAGUCGUUUGCAAGACAUUCCAUUUGGUUUCUGCAGACUUAAUAAUGGGAUUUUGCCUCAUGUUACUAAAAGAUUUGGCAGUGGUCGGGAGUCCAACGGUUAAUUACUUGACGAUGCUUGAUAUUACUCGCCCCCUACAAGACGUAGAGAUGCCACGGACAGCACAAACUGCGUUUUCUGCAGACAACGGUAGCACGCGCUUGUACACAACUAUCGCUAUUUGCAACCAUUCGGCAGAAAUGGAAACGGAUGAGUCACGCUUGGUGACAUUUACUAUGCGGGACGCAAACAAUGCCAGGGAAGUGAAGCAGGAAAAGUCCUUCCAACACAGUUCACGUCGUGUCAAGAAUGGAGUCCUGACUGUAAUUGUUACAUACAAUGGUGAGACAGGUGUUCUCUUGCAAACAGACAGCAAGACAUUAGAGGUAUGGAACAGUGACUUGUCUCAAGGUUUUAACUCUAUCACCAUGAUGGGAAAAAUCGAAAGACUAAUUCCUGUAUCGCAAGAUCUUGUUGGAUGCGUUUUAUACACGCCUAAAUUUUCAUCCGAAGGACAACACGAACUUACAAUCGCCUUGUUUGAUGUCUUCGCGUGGAAAGUUGUAUUUGAAAGAAACUUGAGUGGUAAACCAGAUCUAAAAUCGAUUGCGUGCAGUCUUCAAAGAGAUGUGGUGUUCUGUGCAGAAAAUGACGCAAGAAAGCGCGAAAUGUUUUUUUACAGGGGUGAGGCAAAUGUUCCCAUUUGGAAAGAAGACGACAUUUACCAGGGCGGUUGCAACUGGAGACAUCCACACUGCGUAUUUUCUCCUCAGGGAGAUGUAGUCGUCACAUGGAAUACUCUGAAUAAUGGCUAUGGAUUGCACGCUCUCAAUGCGAAGACUGGAAUGAGGAAGCAGGUAUUUCUGGAAAACUGUUACGACAUCGCAGACAGCAAGUUCCUCAACGAUGGUGAGACUAUGGUCUGCUACAGAUACGAGUCUAACGUACAAAUUUUCAAUGUUACGUCCGGCGAAGUACUAGCUGUCUUGGACAUAGGAGAGCGCCCGACCUGUAUAGGAUGUUCUCCUGGUGAGCCUCGUAUUGCUGUUGGCCUACGUUUUGGAAACGUAAUAGUGAUUCGAGCGCAUGUGCCAAAACUACGGAGAGCCAACCACAAACAGAGGAAGGGUGAGUUAGUGUCUCUAUGAUAAGUGUCAAUGGGUUACAAUGUAGAUGGUACCUGGUUCGCUGAUUGAUUCAUCUGGGUGAUUUUUCACUGUUGUGUUUAAAGAAAUUGAUUUUUUCUUACCUUAUUCAUGAUAAGUACCUGGUCCCGCAAAUUUGA